AUGAAAAGACAGACGGCUUUCCAUAAUUGGUUCACGAAGAUGCAAGAACUCCAGGGCGCCCAAUUGGCCACCGAAUGGCGGGUGUCGCUCCCCGUGCAUUUCAUUAGAAAACAAGAUUAUCGUGGCAAAAAAAAAACUGUCCUGCAAUUCGACUUUCGCCGUUCGUCUUUGGACUACGAGGUUCUGAAGGAGCAGUUGACUGGCUUCCUGAGCUGUUGUCACGAACUCCAGGAGUACGUGCUUUACCUUCGGAGUUUUCCAUGUCGGGCUGCCGCUUAUUGCUCAACCGAAGCAACAUCGGAAACUCGGGAUGAAAUUCUGAAGGCUGCUGAGGAAGAGUACGACAUGAUCCGGGAAAUCGAGGCCACACCUUCCGGCUCCAGUGUGCUCAAGCAGCAUGCUCUGCACACCACGUUUCAGGUGUACCGGGAGAUCAUGGCAACCAUGCAGCUGCACCAGUUCAAGGAUUGCAAGGCAAUAGAGGACAUUGUGCAAGCAUGGUACCCUCGUUGGGGCCAGUCAUCCAGUUUGGAGCAGGUGUUUCGAGAGCUGGAGCAGGCUACGAAAAGGGUGGGUCAUGUGGGAAACUCGAUGUCGAACCUCUCCUGUGUGGCUGUGCGGGCUUUGGAAAGAAGGGUUUGCUCCGGCGAACAGUGUCCUGAGACGCCGUCCUUGUGCGAAAAGGACUGGGAGGGCCAGGUGAUCCGUCUGAAAGAGAUUUCCUGGCAGUUUGCUGGCAAGCUGCCGCCUGAGAAGCUGGACGAGAGACGGAUGCCAAAGAUGAUGAAAGAAUUUAAAGAUCCUUUCCAGGAGCAGACAGACAGCACAAAGGCUCUCGUGAUGGAGAGUGGGCCGAGACACAGCUGA